UAUAGCAAGAAGAAAGAAUUCAUAUUGUGUUCGGUAUUCGUUUUCAUUCUUAGAGUCUGCUGUGAGGAUUUAAUGUGAUUUCAAUAACACUAAAAGAACAAGUAAUAUUUGAUAAAAACCGGAAUGGUUGUAGCAUCCCUUGUGUGUUAAUCGAGUGUCGUAAUCCAAAUGUUAAAAUGUGAACCGUUUUCAUGUGACUACCAUCAAUUUCACUCAUCUAUUUCAUGCACAAAUCAAAGUUUUCCUUCAGAUUGCACAUUUUACUGACAACGUUAGAAAUCUCAAACCACAAAUAGAGUAAAUAGGAAAACCGCACUACAAUUUGUUCCAGCGAAAAUUGAUGGAAUUUUAAAUUGAAAAUUGGAAUUCUUCACCAUACCGAUACGUAUAGAUGUACAUAUAAAUGCAAAAGCAAGUUGUGUAAGCCAAUUAAUCAAACUUUGAUGAUAAAUACAGAAAGGGAGUAUUUAAAACGCCAUUGAAAUUGAAUACACGCUGGGAGCGUAUCAUCACCGGAAUCAAUUAAAAAUUGAUUAUUUUCAGUCAGGUGAUUUGAAAGAGUGCUUUCAUUUCCAUUCUUUUUUCCUUUAAAUAUUGAAAUACACGCAACUAAACCGUCACCGAUCUACCGGUUCGAAUCAACAUACCAGUUCAAAUCAAAGAGCCGUCAUCAUCAGAUUAUGAAGAAACGUCUGAAAACAAGUACAACGAAACGCGCAGCGAUGAAAAUGAAACGGCUUCGGCCUGUGGUCGAACCAAGAAGCAUUUAAUAGAUGUUAGUGAUAAGAUUAGCAGCUUUACAAUGGAAUGUACGAAUCGGUUGAAUCGUUGUAGUACAUGGUUUUGUUCACGCAACAAUGAUACGAACAUAGAUCGAACUAGAAGUCCGUCGGUGGAUGUAUUUCAAGGUCCCGGUCCGAGUCCAGGCAGUGCGGGCUCAUGUGGUGAUGACAGUGUACCACCAGCGAAAAACUGUUAUCGAUUGGUAAUGUUAGGUUCGGCUCGUGUUGGUAAAACAUCAUUGGUGUCCCGUUUCUUGGGUGGUAAAUUUGAAGAUUCGUACACUCCUACCAUUGAAGAUUUUCACCGGAAAUUGUAUCGCAUUAGAGGCGAGGUGCAUCAGUUGGAUAUUCUAGACACUAGUGGAAAUCAUCCAUUUCCGGCAAUGCGGAGGCUAUCAUUUUUAACUGGCGAUCUUUUCGUGCUAUGCUUUAGUAUGGACUCCAGAGAAUCAUUUGAAGAAGUAAUACGGUUAAGGGAACAAAUAUUAGAAACAAAAUUAAGUGCCAUAUCUGGUUCAUCUGGACGCUCAAAGAAAAAUUUGCCCAAAGUGCCAAUGGUAAUUGCGGGAAACAAAUGUGAUAAAGAAAUGAAAACGGUACAACGCGAGGAAGCUAUUUCAUACUGUGCCACCCAGGACUCGGCAUGUGUGUUCGUUGAUUGUUCUGCCAAAAAAUUGCAACGGGUCGAUGAUUUAUUCUACGAAUUGUUCAAUGCUGCAAAUCUUCCACCCGAAAUGGCGCCGAAUCAUCACAAACGAGUUAGCACAGCAUUCGGUUCACCAUGUACACUACCGCCCCAUGUUCCAUCGGAUAAAUCGAAGAAAUACACGCUAUCCAUCAAACGGCGUCUGAGUGACGCUUGCGGCGUUGUUGCACCGAAUGUUCGGCGACCGAGUAUUCGCACCGACCUAAUGAUAAUGCGUACGAAAACAUGUUCGUUGGGUGACGGUGAAGGGGCCGCAUCUGGUGGCUUCGGUAGAAUAUCGAGAAAUUCAAGCGGUUGCGUAAUACAAUAAAAAAAAUAAGUUUUGUAUUUGGUGUUUUUUGCAUCCAGCAUAAAAGUUGACAAAGAAGGAAAACUAACAAAACAAAAAAGAGAAAAAUUUUUAAUCAUAAGGUUUUUUGUGUGUGCGUUUUACUAUACAGUAGGUCAUAAGAAAAUUGUUAAGUUUAAAUUUGAAUUGAAAACUUAUUGGAAAUUAUAGAUCGAUUUCAGAUUGUUAAACAAAAUGUUUUUGAUAUUCUAAUUAAAUUUUAAGACACCAACCAUGACUAUAAUUUUGAGUAUAAAACAUAGGUUUUUUAUAAAGAAGAAAGAUAAAAAAUAAAAUUGUAAAAAUAAAAUUUAAAUUUGAUCGCGAAUAGUGAAAAUAAAUGACCAGAUUGUCCGGACAUCCGACACAAUAGUUUAUUUUCAAGAUAACUUAACAAAGAAAUAUGUGUACAAAUAGACACAAAGCAAUAUCUACACACAAAUGUGUUUGUCCUUUUAUUUAUUACUGACCAUUAGAGGUGUGCGGGCCGAUGUUUUUUUGAAGCCCGUCCGGCCCGAAGCCCGGUCCGAAAUUCAUUUUUAAAACCCGGCCCGAACUGGCCCGACGUAUUUAUAGCCCGUCCAGCCCAAGCCCGAUCGGGCCGGAUAAAAACUCGGACGGGCCGACAUUUUCGGGCGGUCCGAAAGCAAAUUUCAUAUAAAAAAGUGCGCGAAACUUUGAAAAUCGGGCCAAAAAUUUGAUUUUUUAGGUCCGGUCUAAGCUCGGCCCGACAGAUUUGAAGCCCGCCCGGCCCAGGCCCGGUCGGGCCUGAUAAAAACCCGGGCGGCCCGACAUUUUCGGGCGGCCCGCACAUCUCUACUGACCAUGCAUGUCUCGUAGUCUCGUAACAACCAGCACUGGUUCAGCACUAUCCCGUUCUACUUAUAAAUACACGAUGUCGCAGUUACCAAAGUGAUUGAACUUCUUUUUGUUUAGAAAAAUAGUUGUUCUAUCUCGAUAAGGUAGGCAUUUCAAUGUUGUUCUCUCAGAAAAGUAACACUUCCUUAAAACCGAAUUUAGGGACUGCCCUUAAAAAAAGAUAUUUCCACUCUAGAAUUUGCACGGAAAGUAACACUGAAAUUUAUUGGAUUAAUUCAAAAUGAUGGCACAAAAAAAUGGAUUUUCCUAAUUUUUCAAGCUAAAUUAUGGAAUUUGCACAUCGAUCUCCGUUUGUCGCGCUGAAAGUCGAGUAUCACAAAACCGAAAUAAAAACCGAGCUCACAAAAAUGCUGUUGGCGGUUUUCCUCGAAACUCGAAAAAUCAAAUAAAAUUUCUAAGAUCCAGAGUGAAAACAAUUCCAUUCUGUUUGUUGAAUCACCAACCUUUGUCGUUUAUUUUUUGGCCAAGACAUUGCCUAAAUCGAUUUUACACCCGAUUUCACAUUAUAUUGUAAAUACAG